GCCCAGUUCUACACGUUCACUCAUCAUAACCUACCCCGCCCUAACUCAGCAUUUGCCCAUUCCACUCAUUCACACGCAAAGGCGACUGGAAGAUAGGCGCGCGAGCAUAAGAACGGCAGUGGGCACAGGACACAGCGUCGAGGGAUACUAGCCAUGAACGACUCCGAGGAACUCGCGGAGAAGUACCACAAACUCUUUCAGGACUACACAAAAAUCAAAGCACAGCAUCUCGUUCUGAGGAACAAGUUUCAAAAAGAGCAAACGGAAAAUGCAGCAAUCCAAGCAGCCCUGAAAGAAAAGGAGCAAGAAGUGAGAAAGUCGCUCCAAGAUCUGGAUCUGCUUUCUUUUCAUAAUCAGCGGCUGACGAAACGCAUCGAGAACUUGCAGAAUCAGGCAUCAGCAAAACCAGGAGGGUCAUGGUUAAUGGGUGGCGCAUCCGUCAAGAAGGAACUAGAGAAGUCACAGUCGACACUCGAGGCCGCCACGAUAGAUCUCCAGGCAAAGAUUGAGGAGAAUGAGAAAUUGCAUCAACAGCUGUAUGAGAUCAAUGCAUUAUACCCCAGGCAUGUCACGGAGCUCCAGGGCAAGAUUCAGGCAUUGGAAAAGCAGAAUCAGGAGCUGCAGUUGGAUGUUGAACGUGCAGGAGUGGCCAACGAGGACACGAUUAAUUUGAUACGCAAGGAAAAGGAUGCCAUUGAAAAGGAGCUGGGACUCAUUCGGGAUGUUCUUGCAGGGGAACUUAAGGAUGAGCAGCGGGCAAACCAAUCUCUGCGCGAUAAUGUCCAGCGCCUCGAGACUGAAAUCGAACGACUUUCGAAGGCCGAACUCGAGCUAGAGACCCUUCAGGCAGAACAUUCGAAACUCCACAGCGAACUUGAGACUUUCAAGUGGAUUUCGACCGAGCUCUCGCAGCUUCAGCAAUCCUACAACGCUCUCGAGCGGGACAAAGCACAGCUUGAAAAAGCCCACGCACAGCUCUCACAACAGCACGCAACGCUCAAACAGGCGGAUGAGAACUUAAAGAGAGCUUUGGUGCAGGAACAACAGAAUCUGAAGGCAGCUCAGGAACAAAACGGCCAGCUGAACAGAGAUUUGGAACUAGCACGUGGGCAGGCUACAGAGCAGGAACGUGGGCAUAUCAAUCGCAUCGGACAGCUGGAGUCGGAAUUAGGAAAAGUCAAAACAGAGCAGGAACAGCUCCAGUCACAGUACGAGCAACUGAAGGCGGCUGAACAGUCUGCGAAAGAGGGCGAGUCCCGCACAAAGGCUGAUCUUGCCAAGGAUCUUUCAGAAAUGAAGUCGAAUCUGGAGAACACAGAGACGAGAGUCAAGGAGCUUGAACAACUCAAGAAAACGCUUGAAGAAGAGCUGGAAGAAACGAAGAAAUCGUUAGAGGAAACGAGGACCAGUCUGGCCGCUGAGCAGGAUCGGAGGAAGGCCGCGGAAGCUGCAAGUGCUGAGAAGGCCUCGGCCAAGAGGGAGGAAAGCAAAGUCGAAGACGAUUCGAAGAUGGCAGAAACCGAGGACGACCAUGCCAUGGAGGAGGAGACAACGGAGAAGGAGAAGGUACCGCUUUCAAAGAAGGCCAGGAAAAAAAAGGCCGCUGCCGCCGCUGCUGCGGCUGUUGUUGCUUCUGAGACAGCAGAGGGGUUGAGCAAGGAUAGCACUGACCAGACUGAAACCAAUGUCGAGGAAACGCAGGAAGGCAAGAACAAACAGGAUACUAAGGAAAAGGAGGAUGCAGAAGUAAAGGCUAAGGCCGAACUGGAAGCUGAGGAGCUCAAGCAUAAAGAGCAGGAACUAGCGUGGAAGACUGCAGAGGAAGCCCUGAAGGCUGAUAUCGAAGGCCUCAAGGCACAGAUCGAAGCAGUCCAGCUGUCGAGCACAAGCAAACAGGAAGAGCUGAGCGCGGCGCAAGCUGCAUUGGAUAGUGCUGAGGAUGAUAAAGCCUCAUUGUCGAGUUCGUUAGAGAUGCAUGUCGAGCUCACUCUUCAGUUGCAGCAGGAAGUCAAUAAGCUGAAAACCGUUUUGGCCAAGAAACAAAAAUAUAGAGCAAAUGGGGCCGUCGCAAGCGACACAUCUUAUGCAGGCGAGGAAGCACUGAUAAGGACGCAGCACAAGGAUAUAAACGGAAAGAAUGGUGAUCAUACACCCCAGCGCGCCAUGAAUAGUCCGAAGGACGAGUCGACACAAGUGGAUAGGGUCGACUCUUCAGAUAAAGCUGUUCAGUCAGACCAUGUCGAAUUAAUAGAUGAGGGCACGCAGGCAGAUUUGACAGAGACGGCAGCCGUUCCUACCAUUGCAGACGACUCGAAGGAAAUCGCGGAGAGCAAGGACGGUAAGGACAGGGAGAUGAGCGCUUCAGCUGGACGGCCGAUCGACAACAAGCCCUCACGGCGGUCGAUGAUCGGGGACGAGAUGGAUGGUGCGACGACGGCGUCUGCGAAUGUGAACGCAAGUACGACAAAUCAAUCGAACCGCGAGUAUCUGAUCAAGAAGCACUAUGAGACCAAGAUACAGAAUGUCACGGAACAGUUACAGUUCUCGGACGGGCGGUAUGUGCGACUUCACAAAGAGUUUGAACUAUUGAAGGAGCUGUUGCUGGAGACCGUGCAAGAUAAAGAGAAUGCGAUUAAGGAAUCUGAACAGCUCAAGCAACGAAACUUGCAUCUGCAGGAGGAGUUGACGGUGGCCAAGGAGGAUUAUCGAGCGCAGGUAGAGACGAUGACGAAUUUUAUGAAGAGCCUUGACCAAGGGCGAUGAUCCUUUGAUCCUUGUGGCCAAAUAAAAUAAAAGUAG